AUGGACAUUUCUAGGUCCAAUAAUGAUUCUGUUUGGCUUGGUCCUGAAAAUUUUGGCUAUAUUCAAAAGGCCAUUCGUUGCACAGAUUUUGGUGGAGAUGGACAUUUUGUUUGGCUUGGUCUUGAAAAUUUUGGUUAUAUUCAAAAGCCGGUUAUUAGUUGUGUUCCUAAUCCUUCUACGGAGUCUAGGGUUUUGGCUUUAAAUAAAUUAGAAACAAAUUUUUCCCCUACUGUGGAGGCUGUGAUUUUGGCUUUAAAUGAUCUAGAAAUUCAUAUUGCUCUAAUUCUUGCUAGAGAUUCUGUUUCUUUGGUUUCUCCUAAUAUUGUUCCUUCUAAAGUUGUUUAUGUUAACAACAAUACUGAUUCUUCUUUGCUUACUCCCUAUAGUGCUAAUUCUUUAGAGAAUUUGGAUUAUGAUAGUAAGAAAAUGGAUAAAAUUACUCUUAACUCUUAUAGCUCUAGUACUCAUUUAAUUUCUUCCUCUGCUAGUUUGAAUAAGUCGAAUGAAGGUUAUGAUGUUGUGGGUAAAAUUGUGGCAUCUAGUUCUAAUUCUAUAUUGAUUUCUGAUUUACCUAUUGAAGGCAAGGAUGUUUCUAAUAUUGUCCCUAUUAUCGAUUUUCCAUUUUCUCCCAUGUCGGAUGUGUGUAUUAACUUGAUGGUAUUCUCUGCACUAGCAUUAGCUCAGUGUGAGGUAAUUUGGUUUUUUCAACAUGUUGGGGUUGCAUCCUCAAAAUCUAAAGCUGCUCGAGUGCCAAUUGACAUUGACGCAGCAGAUCCAACUGUAGGAUUCUUGUUGGAUGGAAUGGACAAACUCUGCUCUUUAGUUCGCAAAUAUGUUGCAGCAAUAAAGGGUUAUGCAUUAUCAUACUUAUCAUCAUCUGCUGGAAGAAUUAGAUUUUUGCUUGGUACCCCUGGGAUGGUUGCCUUGGACCUUGAUUCCACUUUGAAGGGUUUGUUUCAGCAAGUUGUUCAUUGUCUUGAGAACAUACCAAAGCCUCAAGGAGAAAACAUCUCUGCUGUUACAUGCGACCUCUCCGAAUUGCGGAAGCACUGGUUAUCAAUCUUAAUGAUUGUUACAUCUUCACGUUCAUCAAUAAACAUAAGACACUUGGAAAAGGCCACUGUGUCAACUGGAAAGGAGGGUUUGCUGUCAGAAGGGAAUGCUGCCUACAAUUGGUCCAGAUGUGUGGACGAGCUCAUGUGUCAGCUAUCAAAACAUGGAAGCCUAAAAAAUUUAUACUUCUAUCAUCAUCACCUAACCGCAGUCUUCAGGAACACCAUGUUUGGGCCUGAAGGACGUCCACAUCACUGCUGUGCGUGGCUUGGUAUAGCCAGCAGUUUUCCUGAGUGUGCUUCCGCACUUAUUACAGAGGAGCUGAACAAAAUAGGUAGAGAUGCUAUUUUGUACGUGGAGUCACUUAUUGAAUCGAUUAUGGGUGGAUUGGAAGGUCUAAUAAAUAUACUCGACUCUGAAGGUGGAUUUGGAGCUUUAGAAAUGCAGCUUAUUCCAGAGCAAGCAGCCCUUAGAAUGAAUUCAAUAAAAAUCUCUACCAAUUCUGCUAAAUCACCAAAAGGUUUUUAUGGUUUUCCUGUACCAGGGCAUGAAAGCCAUCCCGAAAGCAGUAAUUCAGUCAAAAUGCUGGAAGCUGCCAUGCAGAGGCUAACAAGUUUAUGUUCUGUUCUAAAUGACAUGGAGCCUAUAUGUGUUCUAAACCAUGUCUUCGUACUCCGUGAGUAUAUGAGAGAUUGUAUCCUGGGUAACUUUAGAAGAAGGCUGCUGACAGUUAUGAGAACUGAUAGUGGCCUACAGAGGCCAUCCGUUAUGGAAUCCCUUAUUCGCAGACACAUCAGUAUUAUUCAUUUAGCUGAGCAGCACAUAAGCAUGGAUCUUACAGAAGGAAUUCGAGAAGUUCUGUUAAUAGAAACCUUCACUGGACCAAUCUCUAACCUCCACAUGUUUGAAAAAUCUGCUGAUUUGCAAAGUGGAUCUGCUAUAGAAAUGGUCUCCAACUGGUACAUGGAUAAUGUUGUGAAGGAUUUGAAUGGUGCUUCUGUAAUGUUUGUACCUGCCCAUAAUUGCUUCAAGAGCUCAAAACUUGUUGGUGGAUAUUUUGCAGACUCGUACACGAAUCUUAAGGAACUUAAAUCGCUGAUUUGCAUAUUUGGAGGCUAUGGAUUUGACAGAUUAGACAUGAUGAUAAAAGAACAUAUUUCUGCAUUGUUGAAUUGUAUUGACACAGCCCUUCGGGCAAACCGUGAAGCUCUUGAGGCUAUAGCUGGGAGUUUAAAUUCUAGUGAUCGGAUUGAAAGAGAUGCACAUUUGAGGCAAAUCUUGGAUAUCGAAACACUGGUCAGUUUCUGUGUUCAAGCUGGGCAAGCAAUAGCUUUUCGUAGAAUUCUUGUAGAGGCUGUAGGAGCAGUUCUUGAGGAGAAAGCCCCUCUCAUUUUUUCUUUGUUAAGUGGAACAUCUAAGCAUUUACCUGACGAAAUCCCUGAAAAAGGUGAAAUUAGCAGAUUGAGAAAGGUAUCUCAUAGUAUUGGUGGUGUAGUUGGGCAAGACAUGGAAUGGAUUUAUUCGGUUAUGGAAGAAACUGGUGCUGCCUAUGAUAGUUCUUGGAGUCUGCUUCCAUAUCUCUGUGCUGCAUUUAUGUUGUCAACCUUAUGGAGUACUACUAGUUUUGAUGUGAGCACUGGAGGUUUCAACAACAACAUGCAUUGUUUGGCAAGGUGCAUCAACGCUAUUAUUGGAGGCAGUGAAUUUAUUAGGUUGGAAAGAGCAGAGCUACAAAGGCAGUCUCUUUCUAACGGUCAUGCUUCUGAAAUGGUAGAACCCGAAAGACUUAGUCGUGCUUCAGUAGAAGCAAGCAUAAAAUCAGCAAUGCAAAUCUUUGUUAAAUGUUCUGCAACAAUUAUCCUUCAAUCAUGGAGUGAGACAAACAGGUCACAACUAUUGCCAAAACUGAUAUUCUUAGACCAGCUCUGCAAUCUCUCUCCCUAUCUUCCCAGAAGCACCCUUGAGGUUCAUGUUCCAUAUGCCCUUCUGCGUUCCUUAUACUCACAGCACUAUGGAACCUCACAACAACCCAUUCCAACAAUGGAAAUACCACUUAAUUCCCCCAAGCAUUCUCCCCUUAUUUCUCUUGCCCAUUUAUCACCUUCUGUUCGACAAAAUCGCGGCGAUUCGACGCCGAAUUCUGCCACUUAUGACUCGGGCUACUUCAGCUCAUCAAUGCAGAGGCAAGACGAGGCAAUCGACAAAAAGCAACGGAACACAAGGCGAUCAGGACCGUUAGAAUACAGCUCGAGCCGGAAGGUGAAGUUCGUCGAUGGCUCGAGCUCUACUGGUCAGGGACCAAGCCCAGUUCCUAGAUUUGCUGUAUCUAGAUCUGGUCCUCUGUUGUAUAAGUAGAAGCAGCUAAUAUUUAUAUUUCUGUUAUGUAGUAAGUAUUGCAGGAAGGGUCUCAGUAGGAAUGCAAGCUAGAGUUUGUGCCCAGAUUUGGAAAAAAAUUUCAUCAAACCUUACAAUGAUUCAAAUUUAGUUAAUUGAGAUUAUAUAGUAUAUAUAAUUAAUUAACUAGUUACCAUUUAUAUUGCAUUUAUUUUAAAA